AUGCACGAGUUUUGGUGUAAAAAUAAGUUAUCACAUACGGAUAUUGCUCAAACUGACAAAGACCCGAAAUCAAUGAGCUUGGAUCAAAUCAUUGAUGGAGAGAACAAGUACAAUAAUAUUGAAAAAACUGUGAAAUCGGUUUUAGAGAAGCUUGUUACUGAUGUUGAAGCUAACGAAUUACCAAAAAUUGCUGACAAACGGAAGAGCUAUACGUUAAAAGUAAAGGUUGAUGCGCUAAAUGACUUAAACGAUGGUAUGUUAAGUAGGGAUGUAGCAAAAAAGUAUAACGUUCAUAAGAGUAUGAUUACGCGAUGGAAAUCAAAGGUAAAAGAAAUCUACAACAAGUACAACGAAAAAAAGAAAAACGCGUUAUUCAGGAAAUGCCGAAGAGGCGAGAAACACAAAGCUUUGUUUAACAAACUUUAUGACAAAUUUUCCGAAGCAAGAAAAAAGUGGCUAAAAGUUAACUUUGAGUGGUUGUAUGUCCGAGCGAAUCAAAUUCAUCUACAAAAAAGCCCGAAUGCUGACAGAUUGCCAAAAUCAAUAGUUACUCAUUUCUUAAGGAAAAAUAAGAUCCGCAUGCUGUGUGUUCAACGUAAGCGCCAAGCUGACGUAAAGAAGCAAACCCCGAUUCUGAUGAAAUGGCAUUCAAAUUUGAGAGAAAAGUUGAUUAAGUCUGGAAGUGACAAACCCACAUACAAUAAAAAAUGGGCGCGUUUCCCACCGAAAAAGAGAAUCAAUGUAGAUCAAAUUCCACUCCUGUUUGUAGUCGAGAGCAAACGAACAUACGAAAUUCCAAUGAGUAAGGGAAAGGAACGAAGGGACCAUAGAGUAUGGGUAGCUCAAUCUGGCAGUGGGCUUGAUAAACGACAAGCUACCCUUCAAAUAUAUGUGUACUGGCAACCAAAUGCAUGGGCAGAUACAGCGUUUUCCGUGAAAUGGGUGAAGAACACUCUCUCCAUUGCUGUCGCUAACCUGGAUGAGUAUGUUUUGUUCUGCAAUAACCUGACAGCCCAAGUCAGUAAUGAGUUUUUGAAUGAAGUGCGACAACAUAAAGGUAUUGUCUGGUUUGGUGUUCCCAACGGGACACAUUUUUGGCAACAUGUUGAUGCCGGACCAGGAAAAGCAUUCAAAUCACAUAUUAAAGCAGAACAAAAAAUCUGUCUCGAAAAUGAUGAAAACAUUGAACUCUGCCUUGGCAACGAUGAUCGGAAACUGUCAGCAAAAGAUCGCCGCAUUUUGAUAACUCGUUGGGUCGGUGAAGCUUACCGUAAAACAUCCAAAGACGAGUUAUUUCUUCGUAUGCUUUAUAGGAGCUUUGCGAAAACAGGAUGUCUUAUCACAGCUGAUGGUAGCGAGGACGAUAAGAUAAAUCCUGAAGGCAUGCCUGCUUAUGUUGUUCCACCCCCUGUUGACAUUGACAUCCUGGUGGAAAUCACAGAGACUCCUAUUCCAGACGAAGUAAAGGAUAACCAUAUUGAUGUUUUGCCUGACGAAUCAGACGGAGAAGAGGAACUAGAUGGACAAGUAGAAAAAUCAGACGGACAAGAAGACGAAGAGAGUGGAGAUGAAGAAAAUAAAGAUCCAGCAGAAGAGAGAAACAUUUGUGACCUUUUUUUUUAA